AUGCAUUUGGAACAAGAAUUUCUGCUGUCAACUUACCUGGUAGAAAUAACUGAGUCAGUAAAGGACCUGGGUAUAUUAGGAAAUCACGGGAUGACUGUGGGCCACAAAUGUGAUGUCAUGAAAAAGGCAGAUGGUUACUUCAGACUUUGUCAAAGUAACCUAAAUGACUCAUUUCUUUUACUUUUUAUAGCUGCUGGAGCUGACUGUGAUCUGUACAUAAACCAGGCUGUAGUAUUUAUUGAAGAUGCAAUACAGUAUCGUUCCAUAAAUCAUCGUGUGGAUUCCAAAUCCCUGUGGCUUUAUCGGUGGUAUUAUUCAAGAAUUUGCCAGUGGAUUUUGGGCUUAACCAUUACUAUAAUCCUGGGUCUGGCUUUCAUUGAAACCCCUUCUUCACUUACUGUCACCUCUGAUAUACGAUACCGGAGCCCAGCUUGGGAACCUCCAUGUGGCCUGACAGAAAGUAUUGAGCUGCUUUGUUUCCUUAUCUUUAUAGCUGAUGUAUCUGUGAAGAGUUAUUUAAUUGGGUGGGAAGAAUUUCGGAAAACUAAAUGGCUGAUGGCUUAUAUCCUGGCACUGGUAGUCUCGCUGACUGACUGGACUGUAUCAAUGAGCUUUUCCUGUAGAGAAACUGUGAGAAUAAGACGAAUUCUCCGACCUUUCUUCCUCCUUCAGAAUUCCUCCAUGAUGAAAAAAACGCUAAAAAGCAUCAACAGCACACUGCCAGAAAUGGCAAGUGUUGUUCUGCUACUAGCUGUCCACCUGUCUCUCUUUACCAUGUUUGGCAUGUUGCUGUUUGCUCGAACAAAGGAUGGUCAGCAGGAUAAGGAAUGGCUGGGAUAUUUCCGGAAUUUGCCAGAUGCAUUGACUUCAUUACUGGUGCUGCUGACUACUGCAAAUAACCCUGAUGUGAUGAUUCCCGCAUAUUCUAAGAACCGAGCCUACUCUAUCUUCUUCGUACUCUUUACCGUGUUAGGAAACUUGUUUCUGAUGAACUUGCUGACAGCAAUAAUAUAUAAUCAGUUUCGAGGAUAUCUUCUUAAAUCUGUCCAGUCCUCACUCCUCAGGAGGCGGUUGGGAAUCCGGGCUGCAUUUGAAGUGCUUUGUUCCCUGAAAGAGACUCCUGCCCAUACACAUGAAUUGUGCGUCAAUGCUGAGACCUUGCUCCGGGUGCUGAAGAAAGUGGACGUGGAUUUUGGCUGUAAACAUGUCAUCUUGAGGACACUCAAGACGUGCCCUCAUGGACUACUGUCAGCUGUCCAGUUUCAGAAACUCUUCGAAGAACUUGACAAAGACUCUGUUAAACAGCAUCCUGCUAAACCAGAGUAUCAGUCUCCCUUCCUGCAGAAAAUGCAAUUUGCUUUUGGCCAUCCCUACUUCAGCUAUACCGGGAAUGUUGUAGCCCUUGCAAAUAUUAUUUCUAUCUGUGUGGUCUUGGUAAUAGAUGCAGAUAAGCAGCCUUCUGAACGAGAUGACUUCUUCUUGGGGGCUAUAAACUUUUUUUUCAUCCUGUAUUAUCUGCUGGAGAUGCUACUAAAAAUCAUGGCAAUGGGAUUAAGAAGAUAUUUAUCAUAUCCAAGCAAUAGAUUUGAUGGCCUUUUGACUGGCAUUCUGCUGGUUUUGGAGAUCUCGACUUUUGCUGUAUAUGGAUUUCCUCAUCCUGGAUGGAGACCUGAAAUGAUGGGCUUGCUGUCUCUGUGGGAUAUGGUGCGGCUGGUGAAUAUGUUAAUUGUGUUCAGAUUCCUGCGGAUUAUACCUAAUAUGAAGUUCAUGGCUUUGGUUGUCAGUACGUUGCUGGAUCUGGUGAAGAACUUAAGAGCAUUUGCAGGGAUCCUGUUGGUGGUUUACUAUGCAUUUGCUCUAAUUGGAAUAGUGCUGUUUAAAGGUGCUAUUGUUCCUAUGGGUAAUAUCAGUGUCGUCAAUAUAACAUCUGGUAACAACACUCUGCAGUGUGGGACCUAUGAGCAGUUGGAAUAUUGGCCAAACAACUUUGAUGACUUUGCUGCUGCACUGGUGACUCUCUGGGAUGUGAUGGUGGUGAAUAAUUGGCAAGUUUUUCUGGAUGCAUUUUCAAGAUACUCAAGUCCUUGGUCAAAGCUGUAUUUUGUAGCCUGGUGGCUAAUUUCUUCUGUCAUCUGGGUCAAUCUGUUUGUAGCCUUACUUUUGGAGAACUUUAUUCACAAAUGGGACCGUCGCUGUCAGCAGCAGUCUCUCUCAGAAAUUGAAUACCAGGUGACCAUGGAGUUAAUGUUCAGGGAUGUUUUGGAAGAACCUACAGAGGAAGAGCUGAUGGAAAAACUGUACCAGCAUCCACAUCUGCAAUUAUGUAGAUGACAGAUUGGUGGGAGGACCAACUGGCACAGACUGUUCUUUUGAUGAGGUGGUCAGCUAGAGGACUGUCACUGAAGAGAAACUGAAUGAAUUUUCUGUAGUGAAGUAUCUGAAAGACUUAUGGGACAGUGUUUAAUGUUUUGGUUGGUAUUUGCUUUUUACCUUUUAAUACCACUCUGCAGGGAGACUGUUUCUCUCUUCUUUUUUUCCCCCUUCUUAUUAGAGGCUUGUAUCUUUUCUAUUUUUUUUUUAAUACUUACAUUUUGCUAAUUUGAGUUGAUUUUAAAUUGACAUUUUAUUGGAAUAUGCAACUGUUAUUUUUAUAAACUGUCAGGAUUGGGAGAGACUGAACAGAAUUUUUUUUUUUUUUUCAAAGAAGGAGAAUGUUAAAAUGACUGUGCACUUUAAAAUGCAAAAUUUGUAACCACUAUGCUUGCUGCUUUUUGCACCAUAAGUAAUGGAAUUGCCUAUUCUGGCAUCUGGCAUGUGCCAAGGACAGUGCCUUGAAAUUUAUGAAUGAAUUGGGCAGGGUCUUUCUGUCGAUUCUUAGCCAUUUUGUAAUAAGGGAAGUUGAAACACUAUUUUUAUUGAAAUAUGCCAGUAUUAUGUUAUUUACUAAAUCUCCUUUGUGAAUUAACCACUUUUGAACACAAUCACAUGAAGUUUAGCUUGGAAACAAUGAAAAUAGUCUACUUCACACUAUCCUUUUUCUUGGUCCACUGUUUGCAUUUUGUCCAUGUUGACUGUAUCCUAUUGAUAAAAUAGGUAAGGUCAGGAUAACUUUGGAAUGAUCGCUUUCUUGUGUUUUUCAGCCCGGUAAAAUUUAAACUCCAUUGCACAGUAAAUCACCUUGCCUUAAUUGGAAAUUGAGCUCCUCCUUUUUGCAUUCCAAAGGUCUUCUUUUCUGGACUCCUGUUGUAGAUACCAGUAGAAGCUUUGGCCUCUAUGCUGAGACUGAGCCAGAGUUUGUUUACCUGUGCAACAACAUUAGUCAAAACCUUGUGCUACAUAUAGCAUGUAUAUCUGUCCUGAGCGGAUUAGAAAUAGGAGGUCAAUGGGUAUUGCUUUGAGGCUCUACCUUGAACUGGAAUUGUUUACAAGGAAUUGAUUAUUCAUGAUGGAACGUGAAUUUUGGCCAGUACGCGGCACCAAAAUCACUUUGGCCACCCUUUCUCCUUCCUCCUCCAUAGUUGGCUAGGGUCAAUGCAAAAAGGUGCCUGUCACCUUCCAUUCUCCCUGAAGUCCAUGGGUUUUUGAGGAUGCUUAGCAUUGUGCAAGAUUAUACGUGUUUGCUGAUGGCUUGUGGUAUACCACUAACUUUGGCUAUGCACUUAAUAAUUUGAUAUAACAAAUAUAAAUUCCAGAAUUAGUUUUAAGUAGUGGUUGCACUUAUUGCUCCUAACGGGGUAUUUCAUCUUGGAUCUUCCAGGCAUAUAACCAACAAAUUGCCUUAGGCAAGCUAAAGCAUGUGGGAUUGAUCCUAUAUAUUAUUUAAUAGUUCUGUGUGGUGAUAGGACUCCCAUUUGUUGAGAAAUGUAUGGUUAAAACAGAUACUGGGACUAAUCCUGUAUUGACAAGGGCUUGGAUGAGGUGACUGGAUACUGUAAAUUGUUUUGAUUUUUAAUUUCUCUGAUUUAUUUAGUCCACAAAGGAUUUUAAAUAGCCCCUUAGUGGCCAUCCUUUUUUCGUUUGCCAGUUAUUCCCUUUUCCCCAGUAGUCUGUCUUUCUUCCCCAUUUUCUUUCUCGUCCUGGCAGCUAAAGUAGAAAUAUACUAGGCUCAAUAAAGCAUAGAGCUUGAUAGCACAUUUCUGCACCUUCAGCUUUUUAAUGUUGUCUAGAAGUUGCUUUGAGGUUUUGGGGUCUGUAUUGUUUUUUUGUUUUACCUGCUGUGUAUGUCUUGAAAAUGCCACAUAACACACAGAUCAAAUAUGACUUGAACUUUAACCCAUUCAGACAAUGGCUUUUUACUGCGCACUCUCACAUGCCAUGCCAUUCUUACCUGCACUCAUUUGUGUUCUUUUAGGCCAGCUACCUCAUUCUCUACGUUUUCAGAAAACAUCUGUUUUUACACUCUUGACCUCACUUCUGUCCACAUUUCCAUUCUUCAAAUUAAUGUGUAAUGUCCUCUUUGUACCAGGUAUUUCCCCAGUACUGGUUACACGUUUGUCAUGGAUGUUGGAGAAACUCAUCCCUUGGAUGUCGACACAGUGUUACUGAUCUGUUUUCUAGUCCCUCUUUCAGUGCAGUUUUACGACUUGCACAAUAUGGUUCUUACCACUUCCAUGGCAAGACUCUUAGCACAUUUUAAUAUGUUCCACAAGUGAAUGGAUCACACCAGUAAGAAAUUAGCUGAAAUGCUUCUGGUUGGAGUUCAUCAAUUGCUUAAAGUAGUUCCUUUCUUUUCCCUUGAUUGUUUUUGAAUUCUAGAUCCUUAGUAAAUUAUAUAAAUUUACCAUGGCAAGUGGUGCUGCUAAUUCUGGUCUUUCUCUUUUGGCUCUACAACUUUUAUUUGGCCAGUGUGGUCCACUGUUUACCAAAGUAGUGUGAGUUGGUGUGGCAUUUUUGUAAACAACAAACCUUCCAUCUGGGCAAAUGUGGAGAAACUUUUUUUAAAGAGAACAAUCCAUUUUUAAUUUUCUAUAUUUAUUGUUCAUAGAAUUGACUGCAAAUGUAAUCUAGAACUAUGUGCAAAAAUGUGGUGUCCAAUAUAAAUUGUAACUGGCCAUGUGAUGUAAGUUUUAUGUAUAAAAUGCACAAACAUGGAAAUAAGAGCGUAUAGAAAAUCAAGUAAAACUGAGGCUUA